GCAGGUGUGUGCGGAGGAGUCUAUGUAUCGAUAUGGAGUAUAGUGCCGAUUGCAAACUGUAUGACAGGGAGUGCAGACAAGCCACAUUGAUCACUGGCGUGCAGUGACUGUUGCUGCAGACAUCGGCAGGAUUCCGUCCUCUCUAUGCUUUUACCUCUUACUUCAUCAAGCAGGACUCUUCAUUUAUUGGUUUUUGGACACCUUUUUUGAGUUGCCUUACCCCCCACUCCCCCCUUUCCCUUUUCUCUCCCUCUCUGUGCUUCUCCCUUGCUCCCCCUUUAUUCUUUCCCUGUUGACCUCUUGAUCAGCCUGCGAGCUAAGAUGAGUUGGCUAAGUCGUUUAAAUCCAAGGGGUCCAGGCACUCGGACCGGUCGACAUGCAGCCCCGUCCAGCCCGUGCACUGCCGACCCCGAGACCUGCCUUAUGGUGUUUGAGAACCACUGGAGACAGGUGUCGGGUGUGUUGAAACGGAGAGAGUCUUCAGUGGGUGGUUGUGCCGAUGAUCUCACAGCAGUUCGCAAUCACACAGAUCAGAUGCUGUGCCUGCUAGCUGAAGAGAGACCAGCUGGGGGAGACAUUGAAUCACCAGCACUGGGUCCUAUUCUGGAGAUGGUGGUGGCAGAGAACAUACUGGAAGAGUUGGUACAGUGGCAUGUGUGCCAUGGUCUGGAACCGGACAGCCAGCUAGAGCUGUUGAAACUGUUUGAGAUGCUGAUCGGACAGUCACAUCAGUCACUCCUCCGGCACAGUGCAGUGCUCCAGCCGCUGCUAAGCCUGCUGGGAGCAUGUGUGGAUCCCCAGCUGGGCUGCCCUUCUGCCCUAGAGUCCAGCCUCGUACUGCUGCUAAAUCAGGUAUGUGUGUCCAUGGUCAAAGAAACUGCCAUUUUGGAGUUGUUAUUCAAGUGUGGGCCGGUACAGCAGGGUCCCACCAACCUGCUGAUCUUCUCACUGUUGGUGCCAUUUAUCCAUCGAGACGGCUCUCUGGGGCAGCAGGCCCGUGAUGCGCUACUCCUCGUCAUGGCAACCUCUGCCAGCAACCACUCUGUUGCACGCUACAUCGUUGAGAACUCCUACUUCUGUCCAGUGCUAGCGACGGGGCUGAGUGCACUAUAUUCAUCCCUGCCGCGUAAAAUCGAGGUACGGGGUGACGACUGGCACGCCUUGCGGAGGGAGGACUGGAUGGGCGUCUCCUCUCUAGUGCUGUUCAUGAACAGUCUUGAAUUCUGCAAUGCUGUAGUGCAGGUGGCACACCCGCUUGUGCGCUGCCAACUCCUUGACUACCUCCACAACGGCUUCCUGGUGCCAGUCAUGGGCCCCGCUCUGCACAAGUCGUCGGUGGAUGAGAUGAUAGCAAGCACGGCAUAUCUGGACCUGUUUUUACGCAGCAUCACAGAAACUUCCCUCCUUAAGACUUAUUUGCGCUUCAUUCUGUUGCAUCACCAUGACAACGACACCAUCCUUGAUACACUACUCACACGCAUCAGCAGCAAUUCACGGCUGUGCAUGGUCUCUCUGAGUCUGUUUAAGACAUUGCUCAGUCUCAACUGUGAAGACCUCAUGCUCCAGCUUGUCCUCAGGUAUCUGUUGCCAUGCACACAUGUAAUGCUGAGUCAGCGGAGGGCAGUCAGAGAAACAGACCUCUAUGGCAAAUCAGCUGACAAGUUCCUUUCCCUCAUACCAGAAUGCUGCCGAAUCACUUCAGCACCCUCUAGUGAGCGGGAUGAUGAACCUGCCUUUUGGGGAAAGGUGUUGGGUAGUCCUACUUCAGAGUCACCAGUUCACCACAGACCCAGCACUCCGUCCCGCCUUGCUCUCUUUAUUCGACAGCAAAGCUCAGGAGGCCAAGCCAACUCUUCUGGCUCGGAGAAUGCUCCCCCUUCUCCGCGUGGUAGUGUUUCUUCCCCUAUUUCUUCUGACAGCCCCAUGCACCAACUCCCAGACACUUCAGAAGGAGAGACUGGCUACCUGGAGUAUCUGCGUGAUGCUCGGAAGGGUAUUGAGCUCUGCUCUUGGGGCUGUCGAGACUGGUCGGCACCAUAUGAUGGAGAAAAUCCUUCUCCAAACUCUGUUCCUCCUCCACCUCCCCCUCCUACGUCCAAUCCCUCUCUCAAUAUGGUACCAGAGCAUUUCUCUGUAAUGGACCCCGCUCAGCAGAGGGCAGCAGUGGUGGCUGCAGCUCGUUCCGAGUGGAGCAGUUCAGAUCGAGAUAGUGGAGAGUGGGAUGUUACCAUCAGCAAGAACUGUAUCAGUCUGACACCCCGCAGUAAGAAACGCAGCCUUCUUCCUAGCACUGUACCACUACAAUCUUCUGCAUCAGCCUCUACAGAAAUAACGCGUGCCGUGGAAACCGUGUCCCAACACCCUCUUUCAGCUCCUCAUCCAGCACUCUACAAUGGGAUGGGGCAGGUGGAUUUCACAGACAGUGUGGAUGAGCGAAUGGAGGUUAAGAAAGUGAAGAGGGAGUCAGAUGUAAAUAGCGGUGCGGUUGAGUCGGCGAUGAACGGGUCGAUGGGUAUGGGCCCAGUCGACUUCAAAGAUUUCCACGUAGGAUCGGCGCUGAAAUCAUCUCAGGUGCAGUUGAAGCCACAUCUGCAACAUCAAACCUCCGUGCCCUCCUCUGCACAAGAGUGUCUGCAAAGUGAGAGCCAAAGAUUGUCUCCUGUUGUUGGCUUGACCGAGACCUCCACAGUGCCCCAUGAGAGCAGGGCUCCAGAGUCCGUUGAGCGUCUGAUUGAGGAGUUGCUGGAGCGGGCGCCGUCAGAGCCGUUGCCUGGUGACUCAAAAGGCCAGGGAAUCAGCAUUGAGGCUUUCCACCAGGAGCUGAGGGAGCUGGAGGAACGUGUAAGAGAGAGGAGGGUUCUUUCACACAGCUCGGAGGAGUCCUCUCGGGAAUCCCGCACUGCUCCUGCUCCCAGCCUGACAGAUGAAGACUGCCUUCCAGUGGAGACCGAGCAGCGCUCCAGUGAAACAAAGCCCGACAGCUCUACCACUGGGGUAUUUAGCCCCGCACGACCCCUCGGACAACCUCUUGCUCAACCGUACACAGGUCCAUUUAUAACAGUCCUGUUCAGUAAACUGGAGAAUAUGAUGCAGAACUCCCUAUAUGUGAACAUUUUGCUGACGGGCGUUGUGUUCCAGCUGGCCUGUUACCCUCAGCCACUCCUACGCUCUUUCCUCCUCAACACCAACAUGGUUUUUCAGCCCAGCGUUAAAUCACUCAUACAGGUGCUGGGAUCAGUAAAAAAUCGCAUUGAGGGAUUUGCAGCAACACACGAGGAUUUCCCUGCCCUGUUAAGAAAGGCUCGCCGCUUUCUGGUUGCGAGAGGAAAGUUAGACUGGUCCGACUCACCCAUGGGAGUGCCCAACCUUCGUCGAUCAGACUCUUUAAUUAAAAGUCGAAAGCCAUCUCUGGGCGAUCUUAUCUUGAGGCACACCAACAGUCCUACGAGAGCUCGAAAUGCAGCUCAGUUAGCCUUGGCCCACGUGAGGGAUGGAGGCCAGUCCUUACACAGUGCUUUGUUUCGCGGUGGUGCGGCCGGUGGGGCUUCUGGCUUGGAGAAGCAGGCAGAGGCACUAAGGGUGAAAAACGCAGUCUACUGUGCUGUCAUUUUCUCAGAGUUUCUCAAAGAGCUCGCAGCUCUUGCACAGGAGCAUGCCGUAGCCCUACCCUUCCCACCCAGUCAAGGCACUGAGGAAUAACACCAGGCCAAAUUUUUUUUUAUUUUUUUUUUCAUGGGACAUGAUGCGUUCAAAGAGACAGGAAAAUCAAUUGCUCAUAAAGGUGAAGAGAGGUCAUCUCUUGUUAAUAAUCUCAUGUUCAUAAUGUAAUUUUUUUAAUUGUACAGGACCAUUUAUCCAUUAUGCGUUAGGAAAUUGUGCAUAUAAAUCUUGUAUAUAGACUAUAUAAAAUAUCUAUGUGUAUAAUAAUUUUUGUACACUCAGAGAGACUUGCAUCUUUUAAGCUGGAGGAAUUUGGUCGUAAACUUGCACUCCCGACGUUUCUAUGUCACUUCGGAGACUAGCUAAAGUAGACUCACUACACACGGUUCUUUUAAACUUUUAUGGGUGCAGAAGUGUCAUUUACAUUUUAGCAACGUCAGGUGGUUAUUUUGUCUCUUAUAGAGUAUAGGUCGGUAAGAUCACACCAAUAUAUAUUGAAAAUAAUCAUUUGUCUUUUUUUAAAGGAUGUCAGAUUCUGUUUACCAAUCACAUGCUGGGCAAUACGUCCUCAGUAUUGCAGCAGGAAUUGCCUCUUUAUAGAGACAUCUCUGAAAAAUCAAUAAUUGACAAAAUUCCCAAAAUGUUCUUCCGAUCUCUAGCACACAUCUUUUUUGUCCAGGAGCUAGAGUGACGUUAGAGAUUGUAAAAAGGGUAGAGGGUUCGUUUCCUUAGCCUCUGUCCCAGUAAAAUUAAACAUUGAUGGACAGUUUUCAUUUUAAAAUUGAAUUUUUUUAUUUCUCGGUUGCAGCAGCUUAUUUUCUAGGACAGAUUUUCGGGUGAGUUUCUGGGAAAUGCGUAUGGUACAUUCACCCAGCAUGACAUUACAUUUUGUCUUCAGUUUCUGGAAAGGCACUGAUUUUUCUGCCCACAAAGAUCUCCUCCUGGAUGUUAGCGUCCAUUUUGGCGUCUGACUAGGUGCUAAUGUCUUAAAUCUUUGACUGGUAUGAGCAAAGAGAAGCUUGCUUAAUUACCUGUCCCUUUAAGGAGUGAGCCAAGUUAAGUGAAUCAUAAGCCAUCUUACUGUUUUUGUUUUUUUCAUUCUUUCUGUUCAUUACUUGAUUUUGCUAGUGUUAUGAGUAUGAGCGAAAUCAGCCGUAAAUUGUGCAUAAUGGAAAAACCGCCACAAGAUGGGUUGUUGUUUUGUUUUUUGUUUUUUAUUGAAAAAUUUUAAUUUGUUUAUUGCCAAAAUACUUUAGACACUUUAAUUUUCAGAAUGGAAGUUAAGGACAUGCAUGUGCAUUUGUUUUUAACAGUAACUGUGUGGGGGGUGUUUUUUUACAGUAUGGUUUUUGCCCCUUGUUCCAAAUGUGUCUUAGAAAAAGUGUUGCUGAUCUUAAAUCAUCCAUUUAAGAGCUCUUUUAUCAUGCACAAGCCAUAUGCGCAUUACCUCAUUUUGCUACUUAAUUUUUGGUAUCUUGCUGCUUCACUUGUCUUAGUUUUGAUGAUUCGUUUCAAUCAAAUAUCAUAUUUUUCUGAUACAUUUUUGUGGUUAGCUCUAACUGCUGAAUUGUCAAUGCAUCUAUCCCCCAUUUAUCCCUCCACCCAUCCACAGAAGGUUUGUGUGGGACAUUAGUGUGAUGAUUCUCUGCUUUUGUUGAUAUCUGAAAUGUUAAGCAUGUAUAUUCCAUAAUUAAGGAUAAUGUUAGGCAGAGUUAGUGUCAAGAAAAAUAGUUUUUGCUCGCAUCCCUGAAAUGCUCGGUCUGUGUGGGUGAGAAAGAUAAAAAAGGAAAAUAAAAAGCAAGAGGUCGCCGAAUAAAGCGGUACAUAUAUGUUAGUGUUCAGUUAUCUCUAUGGAGACAGUGGAAAUUACACACAGUUUCUAAGUUAGAAAUCAAAUAGGCCUAUUCAAUUGUGUCGUAAGAUACCAAUGCACAAGAAACACCCAUUGUUUUGAGGAUGUAAUUAUAUGCCUGAUAGCAUGUUUUUCUUUUUCUACUUACAUGUAUUCAAGUGUUUAUGAUUUUGAAAUUUUAAAAAAUCAGGCACUCAUUGAUUGUUUAUGGAAAGUGUUUGUUUGAUCAAUAUACAUUGCACAAUUUUUAAGUUGAUUUUUUUUUUUAUGUAAUUGGUUUCCUCUUUUUUUCAUUCUGUCCAUUUGUUUGAAUGAAACGUUGAUGUUCACAAGGACUUCUGUGGCUUGUUAUCUAUGCAAAAGUGGUUUCUUUGUUUCUGAGUAAGUGAAGACGGUUAACGUUUUUAGGACAAACAAACUAAAUUUGCAAUCUGGAACCCCACUUCAAUAAUUUACUUAUCCCUUAUCUAGUCAAUAAUCUACUGGACUGUAUGGACACUCAUGCAAAAUAAUGAAUGUUGUCAAAAUAUUUUUCUAUAUUUAAAAUGGAGGAGGGAAGUGGAACUGAAUGGAGAUUUAAAUCAACCUUCAACGACAAACAAACACUAAAAGGGAAUGUUUUUAUUAAUUUAUAAAUGUUUUACCUGGCAAUA